AUGGAUCUUAAAAACGGAUCUGUAGUGACUGAAUUUAUUUUACUAGGAUUUUCUGCAAAAUGGGAACUUCAGAUUUUCUUCUUUGUGGCAUUCUCCUUGAUCUACGGUGCUACCGUAUUUGGAAACAUUCUCAUUAUGGUCACAGUGACAUUCAGUUCCACCCUACACUCUCCCAUGUACUUCCUCCUUGGAAACCUCUCUUUCUUCGACAUGUGUCUCUCCACUGUAACCACACCCAAGAUGAUCACAGACUUGCUCACUGUACAUAAGACCAUCUCCCUGUGGGGUUGCAUGGCCCAGAUGUUCUUUAUGCACCUCUUUGGGGGUGCGGAGAUGACUCUUCUGAUAGCCAUGGCCUUUGAUAGAUAUGUAGCCAUAUGUAAGCCAUUGCACUAUAGGUCGAUCAUGAGUAACAGAUUGCUGAAUGGAUUUGUGAUCAUUUCAUGGAUAAUUGGUUUUAUACACACCAUGAGUCAGAUGGUAUUAACAGUGAAUUUACCUUUUUGUGACAACAAUGUCAUAGACAAUAUAUUUUGUGACCUACCCCUUGUGAUUAAGCUUGCUUGUAUUGAAACAUACACCCUGGAAUUGUUUGUCAUUGCUGACAGUGGGCUGCUCUCAUUCAUCUGUUUCAUCCUCCUUCUUAUCUCCUACACUGUCAUCUUGGUCACCGUUAGACAAAGGUCAUCUGGGGGGCUCGCCAAAGCUCUGUCCACAUUGUCUGCCCACAUCAUUGUGGUCACUUUAUUUUUUGGACCUUGUAUUUUUAUCUAUGCCUGGCCAUUCAAUAGUUUUGCAGGCAAUAAAAUCCUUUCUGUAUUUUACACUGUUAUGACACCCUUACUGAAUCCUAUUAUUUAUACCCUGAGAAAUGAGAAAAUGCAAGGAGCCAUGAGAAAAUUACGGUUCCGAAAUGUUAGCGCUAUGCAAAACUUCUAG